AAAUCUGAAACUCCAAAAGAAGCGCUGAGCCGCAACUGCCUCGGACGGCGGCUGCCUGCUACCUUACCGCAACGCCGGAUCUUCCACUGGGAAAGUCAACUGGCUUUGCAAGGGCCUAGAUCAUGCCGGCAUUGGUCCUGCCACUGAAGAAAGUCUUGAGGUGAUCAAUCUAUACUUAUCCUUCGCUCAACCCUGCGGCACUAGCCCAGCCCACACCUAUUUAUGGCGGCCGAGGCAGAUCUAUCGGAGGGCCACAUGGCCGACAUCAUUCGUGCCCUCGAGCUCAUCCACAGCCCCUCAUCUACAAAUGAGCUGCGCCGAGAGGCCCUGACCUUCGUGGAGGCUCAGAAGGAGAGCAAAUCCGCGGCGCGUAAUGGUUUUCUGUUGGCGUCCCCCGAACAGAGCAAUCCCUUGGUUCGCUACUUUGGCUUGACUCUUCUGGACCACGUCUUGCGCCAUACCUCCUUUGAAGCAUCAGAGCAGAUUGUGGCUCUCAGAGAUUUGGUUCUAAAGCUGGCGGAGUCGAUACGACCGGAAGAUCCCCCGUACAUACGCAACAAAAUCCCGCAAUUAUGGGCAGAAGUCGCCAAACGGAGUUGGGGUCUGGAUUGGAACGACAUGGACACAACACUCGUCCAAUUCUGGGGUGCCAGUUUGGUGCACAAGGAACUGGUCCUUUCGAUUCUAGAAACUCUUUCCGAGGACAUCUUCUACCGCGAGGACACAGUAUCUUCCCUGCGCGGAACGGACCUCAAUCGAGCCAUGGUGGAGAUCUGCACGCCUUUGGCGGUCUACGAGGAUCUACACCCGAAGAAAGAUGUUCUUGAGCUGCGCUGCGGGCCUGAUGGCUGGCUCUCUCGCAUCUGUAUGUUCCUCCACGAUUGUAUAGGGAACAUCCAGAGCUCGAAGCAGGCAAAAGAUUCGGCUCUUAAAGCUCUAGCGACCCUCAAGUCCGUCCUUGCUUGGUCAAUACCGAAGGCCAUUCUCUCUUCGAACUGUGUUCCAUGCAUUGCCAGGGCUUUUACCUGCAGUGACGAACAAGUGCUGCUGGCUGCGGUUGAAGCUCUACAUGCAUUGUAUAGCCGGUCCAAUAUCGAGCUUGAGGGCUUUGAGCAACUUGUCCACUUGAUGUAUGAGACAGAAUCCUUGAAUGUGCUUCAGAAACUCUACGAAUGGUCAGUUGUCGGGCCCGAUGAUGUCGAUGACACGAGAUAUACAAUCUGCAAAAAGCUUUCGGAGAUGUUGUCCUAUGUUGCAGGGUUCCUCGAAGAAAAGACGUUUCCUUUGGAAAGCGUGCAAGGCGUCAACCUUCAAUUCUUCUUUCACCUCACUGUCAGCGUUAUUCAAAACCAAAGCCUCACAAUCUCGAUCCCCGUUCUUCAUGUUUGGUCUAAAUUAAUCGCUUCGGAGAGAAUUGGGAAUACAGACCUGGUCACUGGCCUUGUGCCUUCGCUGCUGGGUAUCUGCACCGAGCGAUUGAUUCGUUGGGAGUCAUUCCCUGCAGAUUCAGAGAGUCCUACGGUUGCUUUCCUAAACGAAGAUAUUGACACCGUUCCGGAGCGACAUGCGUUCGUGGGUAACUAUAGGCGAUACUGCUCUUCCAUCAUCGAGACCAUUGUUCAGAAGAGGCCACAGGAAGCAAUCCCUCAUAUUUUAUCGGGAGUUGACGCUAAUCUAGACAAUCUCUAUGCUGGAGUGGAGCCCUUUAGCGUCAAAUCGUUUUCCAAGAACUCAAUCCCACUGAUGCGUGCUGAUACGCAGUUUGCCGUUGUGGAGGCAACCUUGAAGGGAUAUAAUAAAUGGGUAUCUGCGCAUGGAAAGAUGCCCCAGCAGGAUGAACAAAAACGAAGCGAAAUGGAACAGACUUUAGAAGCAUGGGCUUUCAAACUGAUGCAGCGAAGCUUCGAGGAUCCAAUCCUUAAACAGCGGAUCAUUAAGCUUGUUGUCGAUAUAUCAGCAAAGGCACUUGACAAAACUCCGAGCUUUGCGCUCAAAGCUUUAGAGUAUAUUCUCAUGACACGUCUACCUGACCAGUCGGAAUACCCAGUAUACUCCGAAUCUGUCAAGGAACUCCACGGCCUGACCAGCCAUGAGCUCCGGAGGCUGGCCAUGCGUUAUGCUGACUACUUUGCGACCUUCUAUGACUUGCUUGAGCCUAAAAUCAAGGAGAUUAGCAUGGCUAACCGGGUGGAUGACAAGCUUCAAAUGGAAUUGACGUCCAUCCUCCUCAUUAUCAUGCAACGUGCAAACAAUGUUGAACCGUACCUGCGCCAGUCUCGGCUCGUGUCUUUCGUUGAACCCAUCAAACAAGCGUGGCAGGAAGACCAGUUUCGUAACAUGAGCUCAACAUUUGAAGGCUUUUGCGUUAUGUUGGGAUUGCAGAGCGUCGGGCCGUACAUGCAAGCACGACAGGCGCCAAAACUUGCGGAUUGGGCAUCGGUGCCUCUGGAUAGCGAGGGAAAGCUGAUUCAAGAAGAAAUGACGAGGAAAUUUCAGCAACUACCUCUGAGAGGCACCAAGACCAUGCUGGCGGUGUCAUCAGACAAGCUCAAAAAGACGGACCAGGCCUACGAACUUGCGUGCAAUGUCUGGCAUGAAAUUAUUCCUAUAAUUUUACCAACGCUGCUGCAGCUUGUCAGUAACGCCCAUGCCUUUCACAAUCCAGAGAACUGGGGUGGCUUGCCUCAUGACAUGCGAGGGGUUGUUGAACGUAUCCUGACCGACAGAUUCUGGCAAGCUGGCAUAUCGACUGGCAGUCGGGAUGAGUUCUAUGCCAAGAUUACUGCCUCGAGAGCCUCGCUUGAAGGAUUUGCCUCCUCUGUAAGAGGCAAGAUUCGGGCUGUUCGAGAGUCCUGCUACUCCAUGUUGUUCAGCAUGAGUCGGCUACGUGAGCAUUUCUAUGGGUUUUCAGAGCUUCCAGGGCCCCUGUCCCAGGCUCUGUUCAAGGACUCUCCCCACCUCUCGUCCCACCAGUUCUCUGUCCUUCUGAAUAUCUCGAGGUGCUUGAUCGAUGAUUGUCCUGUCCGCUUCCGAGGCCAUUUCCUGCCUCCGAUGCUUGCCACACUGUUCACCAAUAUUGACAAGAAGGUAACGUCGGAAUGGGAUGCCAUCGAACGGCAGAAAGAAGGCCUCGGGGGAGAGGGCGACCUGACGGACGAAAUGAAGUCGGAGAGUAUCUUACGACAAUUGACGUACUCGGCGGUGAUCUUCGUGGCAAGCCUCCUAGACCCGCAGCGAGGGGACCCCGACGACGAGCCGGCGGAUCCCAGCGCGCCACAGGCGGCACCCGCCCUUUCUGACUCAAUCCGGCACUUUGUUCUUUCUUCGCCGGAGAUCUUUGAGCCUGUGAUGCUCUUCUGCACCCAUGCACUUCGUAUGCGCGAUACGCGGUGCUGCAGCAUCAUCACGCGUGUUAUUCGCUCUAUCCUGCAGGACUUUGCUCCUCCCAACAAUACCCCCACUACGGUAACGAUACGCGAGUUUAUCUCUUCGGAAGUGCUCAAGGCCUGCAUCACAUCUGUGCACGAGCCUUAUUUUGUCGACAUGCAAAAGGAUCUAGCCCAGCUCAUUGCGUCCAUCUGGCUCCUCUACGGGUCGACCAGCCCGACCCCGCGGUCCGUGAUCCUCAGCCUUCCUGGCAUGGACGAGCAACGGGUUGCCAACGCGGAGGCUGCUCUGAUUCGAUCCUCGGCAGCUCGACAGCAGCGCGCGUUGAUCUUGGAUCUUCUUGAAGGCUUGAGGGGUGUGAGUAUCGCCGAACAAGGAAAGAUCCUGGGCUCUCGGGAAGAACGCCGAAAGGCCCGGAGCGCGCUACAGGAGAGGUACAUGAGUACCAGUGAGAUGGACGGCCAGCAGAAUCAUAAAGUCGAUAUCAACGAUGGCCCGGACCUCGCCGGCGUCGCGGACUUGUUCGGUUAGGUCGUCCCACCACAUGGCCUGCUUUUGUAUAGUAUAGUGGCUUGAUAUCGUGCCGUUGCUCCUACGUCAUAGGCACUUUUGCGGUUUUGGGAUUCUCGCAUAUAAAGCACAUAGACACCUAGGGAGGAUUGGCAGCCAGGCAACCUAGCCAACUACCCGAUGUAAGCAGCGGUUGAUAGACACUUG